AAGAAGCGAGUCUUGCUACUUAAAUGCGCCUAUGAACCACCAUUUUGUUUAUUUUCGUGUGAAAUUGGUGAAUUGUGAUCUGUGCAACAUAAGUUUUUAUAUGUUUAAGAUUUAGUGAUUAUAAAAUUACGUGUAUUAUAUAUGGUUCGGUCGUUUCCCCUGGUAACAGGGGGUGAAGAAAUCCGCAGACAUUGGGCGCAUUGCAAGUAAACACGUUAAAGUGACGGUGUCCGGUAAAAACUCAGUCGGUUCUGGGAAAGAUCGUACAGUUAGUCUUAAUUUAAAAAAACCAAAAAUUCAGAUCACGACAGUUGAAAAUAUGAAUCACGUAAAUGACAAGGAAAAUCAAAAUAAUGACGUAGAGGAGAUGGACACACAAGAAGGUGGAGUAGACGGUGGCGGAGAGACCCAAAUGAACGGUGAGACACAAGAUCAAACAGUGUCACAGGACGCGGAAAUGGAAGAAGAUGAAGCCCGUUCGGAAGCCACCUUCAGGUAUACUGUAACAAACUUCAGCAAACUGAAAGACACACAAUUGUCCCCUCCAACCUACGUGAGAAAUCUACCCUGGAAGAUCAUGGUGAUGCCAAGAACAAGUCCUGCACAAGAUAGACAAAAUCAGAGAAGUCUAGGUUUUUUCCUCCAGUGUAAUGGAGAAUCGGAAUCAACAUCGUGGAGUUGCAACGCUACUGCCGAACUGAGGUUGCUGAGCAAUAAGGAGGGCGUCCCACCAUUCUCUCGGACGAUACAGCACCUCUUCUACAGCAAAGAAAAUGACUGGGGGUUUAGCCAUUUUAUGUCCUGGCAGGAUGUUCUAGAAUCGGAUAAGGAGUAUGUUAAGGAUGACUCAAUUACGCUGGAGGUUAAGGUCCAGGCUGAUGCACCACAUGGCGUGAGUUGGGAUUCGAAGAAACAUACAGGAUAUGUAGGUCUUAAAAAUCAGGGUGCCACGUGCUACAUGAACUCUCUUCUGCAGACACUGUAUUUUACAAACCAACUAAGGAAGGCUGUUUACAAAAUGCCAACAGAGAGUGAUGAUUCAAGCAAAAGUGUAGCACUAGCACUUCAGAGGGUAUUCCAUGAAUUGCAGUUUUCAGACAAACCUGUUGGUACAAAGAAACUAACAAAAUCUUUUGGCUGGGAGACGUUGGACUCCUUCAUGCAGCAUGAUGUUCAAGAAUUUCUACGUGUGCUGUUGGACAAACUUGAAAGUAAGAUGAAGGGAACCUGUGUUGAAGGAACUGUGCCAAAGCUCUUUGAAGGAAAGAUGGUGUCUUUCAUUAAAUGCAAGAACAUUGACUAUACGUCUACAAGAGUAGAGACCUUUUAUGAUAUUCAACUCAACAUCAAGGGGAAGAAAAAUAUUGAUGAAUCAUUUCGUGACUACAUAACAACAGAAGUAUUGGAUGGUGACAACAAGUAUGAUGCUGGUGAGCAUGGUUUACAGGAUGCUGAGAAAGGAGUGAUAUUCUCAGCAUUCCCUCCAGUUCUGCAUUUACAUCUUAUGAGGUUCCAGUAUGAUCCCAUAACUGAUUGUUCAGUUAAAUUUAAUGACAGGUUUGAAUUCUAUGAAAAAAUAAGUCUUGAGCCAUACUUGCAGCAACCUGAGCCAACAAGAGCAGAUUACACACUUCAUGCAGUUCUGGUACAUAGUGGAGAUAAUCAUGGUGGCCACUAUGUAGUUUUUAUAAAUCCCAAAGGUGAUGGAAAGUGGUGUAAAUUCGAUGACGAUGUAGUGUCUCGUUGUACAAAAACAGAAGCCAUUGACAACAAUUAUGGAGGCCAUGAUGAUGACAUGAACAUGACAGUGAAGCACUGUACUAAUGCAUAUAUGUUGGUCUACAUUCGUGACAGUGAAUUAAAAAACGUGUUACAAGAAGUGACUGAAGAGGAUAUUCCUCAGGAGUUAGUGGAGAGGUUACAAGAAGAGAAACGAAUGGAACAGAUACGCCGCAAGGAAAGGAACGAAGCUCAUCUAUACAUGUCUGUUCAAGUACUGCUAGAGGACAGCUUUGAUGGCCAUCAGGGUAAUGAUUUAUACGACCCUGAACGUGCACAGUAUAGAAUAUUCAGGGUACGGAAACAAACAACGCUUCAAGAACUCCUGGAACACUUAGCAGAAAGUAUGAAGUAUCCAGUUGACCAAAUACGACCGUGGCCAUUUGGAUUCAGGUCAAAUCAAACUUGUAGGCCAACGCUAAUUGAUGUUGAAGCAGACUUGCACAAGCCUAUAUUGGAAGUUGCUGAAAAUCAGAAUCCUUGGAAUAUUUUCUUGGAGGUUGUACCUCCAGAUUCUGGUUUGCAGACUCUUCCCCCUUUUGACAAGGACACAGAUGUGCUGCUGUUCUUCAAAUUGUAUGAUCCAAAAAACAAGAGGAUACAUUACUGUGGGCAUCAUUACAUGCCUGUCGCAGCAAAAGUCCAGGAACUUAUUCCAAUGUUGAAUGAAAGGGCGGGCUUUCCUGCAGAUACAGAACUAAUAUUAUAUGAAGAAAUAAAACCAAAUAUGGUAGAAAAAAUUGAAAACUGCAAUGAGCCUUUGGAGAAAGUUCUUGAAGAACUGAUGGAUGGUGAUAUUAUCGUCUUUCAAAAAGACGAAAGAGAAGAUUCAGAACUUCCAACAUGUAAAGACUACUUUAAGGAUUUGUUUCACCGUGUUGAAGUAACUUUCUGUGAUAAAAUGAUACCCAACGAUCCAGGAUUUACGAUUGAUCUGUCACAGAGGAUGACUUAUGAUCAAAUGGCACGAGCUGUCGCCGAACGAGUUGGUGUAGACCCUUACUUGCUUCAGUUCUUUAAGUGUCAAAACUACAAAGAUAGUCCUGGAAACCCUCUCCGGUGCACCUAUGAUGGAACAUUAAAAGAAUUGCUAGUUUAUUGCAAGCCUAAGACGCCUAAGAAAAUAUUUUAUCAGCAGCUUAGUAUACGAAUUAAUGAACUUGAAAACAAGAAACAAUUUAAGUGUAUAUGGGUAGGCCCAAAAUUGAAAGAAGAAAAGGAGCUAAUACUGUACCCAAAUAAAAAUGGUACAGUAUCAGACCUCUUGGAGGAAGCAAGAAAGCAGGUUGAACUGUCCGAAAAUGGGUCUGGAAAACUUAGGAUAUUUGAAGUAAACUGCAACAAAAUUAUUUCUGGCCCAAAGGAAGAUGGUCCACUAGAAACACUAAACUCUUCUGCUAGUAAAACAUUCAGGAUAGAGGAGAUACCACGAGAUGAACUGCACCUAGCGGAUGAUGAAAUGCUAAUGCCAGUUGCCCAUUUUUAUAAGGAUAUUUUCUCGACAUUUGGCAUUCCAUUCUUCCUUAAAGUGAAGCAUGGGGAGCCAUUUUCAAAGAUUAAAGAUAGAUUACUGAAGAAAUUAGGAAUUCAAGAAAAAGAAUUUGAGAAGUUUAAAUUUGCACUAGUUGUGAUGGGGAGGCCAACAUUUAUUGAACAGCCAGACUACUGCAUAAAUUUGCAGGAUUUCAGGUGUCAUCCAAACCAAGGAAACACUGCACCAAUGCCUUGGCUUGGGCUAGAGCAUGUAAACAAAGCUCCCAAACGUUCUAGGUACAAUUAUCUGGAGAAGGCUAUUAAAAUCUACAACUGAGAAGUCCUAGGCUGUUUCUUGUACAUACGUAAUUUGGUUGCAAGGACUCCAAGAGAAAGCAACCUUUAUUUGUAAUGAAGAGGUAUUUAAACCUCAGAAAGACUGAGUGGGAUUGUGUUGUGAACAGACAUUCAGUGACAUUGGUGUGGUGAACUGUGUCUGCAGCAACAGUGAUAAAAUAACGAACUGUGUCAUUUUGUCAGAUGUGACAAGUACAGCGUUGUGUGAUCAGGUAAUAAAAUUGUUGUGUUAUUUCUUUGCCAAUGACUAUUCCUCAUUCGUUAUGAAUGCUGCUUCCCGAUAACUCAAGACACGGCUGUGUUGAUUAAUGAAUAAAUUAUACACCAAUUAAAAUUUUUCCUUGCUUGUAGAUACGAAUUUUACAGUAAGAACAUUUUUACAAGUCAUUUUUCCCCCUUUAUGACCCUGUGGUUCGUGUUCCUCAUUGUUCUGCACUGUGGUGAAUGUGACUGUCUGCUGUUUUGCUACAGUGGAAGAAUGAAGAAAGCACCUGUGAAUAAUCUGGUUAAAAUGUUUGUAAGUAAUCUGUUUUUAAAUACAAUAGUAUGUUCUGUGAGGUUACCAGAGUUUGUGACAAGAUUUAAGGAUAGCAUGUGUACAAAGACCCAAGAGAAGUUCAGCAGCAAACUUUGUGGUAUAACAUAAUUAUACUAAAUGCGCUAUCAAAAUUGUAAGUUCAGAUGUUAUGCACAGGAAUUUUAUGUCGUAAUGUUUUAGUCGCUUUAAAGUAACCAAUUCUAAUAAAUCAGUUUUGUGAAAGAAAUUGUUUCGUGAAUUGGGACUUAAUUGUUGAGUAAUGGAUUAAUAAAAAGAAAGUUAUUUUUGGACCUGAAACAACUGUUACAUUUUUUUCUUUGUAUUUCCAGCAAUUAUUUUUAAGAGCAACAGUUUACCAUGAAAAUUAUUUAUUAUUCAUCUCAUUUUAAAUGUUUUAUAUGCAUUAAGAUAAUUUUAAUGCUUAAUGCCAUUACCCUUAAAAAUAGUUUUAUGCAGAAUGAAGUGCCUCCAUUUUGUGAUUAAAUUUUAUAUUAGUGAACGAUUGCACUGGAAUUGCUUCAAUGAACUUUUUCCCCUAAUUUGUAAAAAUCUGAAUGUUAACAGUGAAUGCAUAUAAUUUAUUUACGAACAAAAAUAUAUUUUUUUACAAACAGAGAAAAUUUUGUCAGGAUUAUUUCAUAAAUCAUUGUUUUAUCAUUUAGAGAAUUGUGUGUUGGCGUGUCUUGUUUUUCACUGUAUCUGGGUUCAGUUCAUUUCAGUGCAGAGUUUCAUUCAUGUGUUAGGCAAACACUCCAGACAAUGAAUUUCUACCAUAAUUGCUCCUUGUUUAUUACUUUGUGUGUACAGUUUGGACAUUUUACGUCCAAUACCAGUUGUAAAAUGUGUGAGUGAAAAGAUUAAAUGUGUUUGGAGGGUCUGGAGGUUUGCAACAAUGACAUGAAUUUUUUUAUAAGAAAUGUAAAAAAUAUUUGUUAAAUAUUGCACUAGACUGAAUUAUGAAUUUACAUGGACUGUGUGUGUGUGCGUCUGUGUGUGUGUGUGUGUGUGUAUAUAAAUAUGUAUAUGAAGAAAAUUAUGACUUAAAAUUUUGCUGAUAAUUAGUUGUUAAAAGAUUUGAAGUGUCUGCUUUCAGAGUACAUAACAGUAUUAACAGAGCGAUCUCUCUGACACUGAAAUCUUUCAUUGGCUUACUGAUUAUCAGCCAGCAUUGAAAGUCAGUCUUAACAUUUUCAUUGCAGUUCUGUGUAAAUAAUUCAUUUUGUACAUAACUCUGUAAAUAGUUGUAAUGGUUAAAGCAGGAUAACAUGAAUGAAUAUUAA